AUGAUAAGAAAAAACUGGUUAAAAGAAGAAGAAGAUCUUUUGGUCAAAUUGGUAAAGGAAAAAGGCCACAAUUGGACUGAAAUUGCUCCCAACUUCGAUGUUACUCCAAAUGCCUGCCACAAAAACGUCAGGCCAUUUUGGACCUUGGAAGAGAAGCGCGAAUUGACUGAGUUAGUCAAUUUGCAUGGAAGGAAGUGGAAGGAGAUUGAGAAACUAAUUAGCAGCAACAGAGAUGCUCAUUCUUGUCAACGCCAGUUUAUGCUAUUAGAAAGUAGACAGAAUGAUCCAAUUGAAAAGAAGGUGAACGAUAUCUUUCAAGCAACGAUUUCAGAGACAGAUUUGAAUGAUAUCUCUCUUUACGAAUUCUUCAAUAUCCCAACAAGUAGAUACAAUGGGGUUCCAGCAUCAACUUUGUUGGUGGAUCAAGCAGAUGAAGUUGAUGAAGAAACAUUUCAUCGUUCUUACAUGGCUGGAGAUACUGAAUUUAGUGUACGUGAGGUUGCAACUGGUAGAUUGGUCAAAAAAACCAUUGAGGAGAUUUAUCUUUCCAGUGGAACAUAUGAAACAUAUAGUAUUGAAUCUGGAUUUAAUGUGGAAGAAAUUGCAAAUGAAGUAUUAGAGUUGAGUGCUACUUGUUUCAAAGCAAAAUUACAUUUCAAUGAAUGUGCUCGAAUUGUUGAAGAGAAACGUUUCGUCUAUGCCAAUGAAGUUCAAGUCCGUCCAGAUGAGUACUGUAGUGUGAGAUUACCUGUAUCAGAUAUUCAAGACAAUAUGUUCAUUAUUAAUAACUAUCAAUUGAAAUCUAAGGAAAAGCUAGUAAGAACAUCAUUACCAUGUGGUCAACUUACUGACACCACCCAAACAAAAGAAUAUUUCUUAAAAGAAAUUUGUGAAUUGAAUUCAGAGACAAUAAGAGAGGAUCUUAAAUUCAAGAAAGAGGAAGAGUAUGUCACCAUUAAGCUCAAUGAUAAGAAUGCUGACAAGGAUAUUGAACGAGUCUUACAAAAUGGUUAUCAAAUAUCCGGGUCCAUACUUGUUGCACCUGCAUGCUUGUACAAAUUUUUUGAAGGUUCUGUACAAGGAGAUGGCACAUUAGAGAGUAAUCGUAUUACGUUUGGUCAGAAUUGUUCAAUUUCAGAUACUCACCAACAGUACUUUAAUCAGGUCCACCAUUGUGCAACCAUGCUUGGGUUAAAGACUGGCGUGGGUAAAGUGUGUGAAGAAACUACAGGUUUGAAAAUGACUGGUAAGAACAUGACCAUUUUUGAAAGUGAAGGACUUGAGAAAAAGAAAGUAAAUGCAGAUGUUGUGUUUAAAGCAUUUAACCUUACAGUUCAAAGAUUAACAGGUGAAUCAAUGAAGAAGAUGUACUGUUUCAAGAAGAGUAAUCACUCCUUCCCAAUGUUUAACGGAAUGAUAGUGCAAAAUGUUGAUACUGAUCUAGUUUCUGCUAAAAUAGGUUAUGGGAAUAGAUGGGAAAUUCGUGAAAUGGACAACCAUCAAUCCGCUGCCACUUUCUGCUUGAAGAAAUACAUUGCUUCUUUAGGGUUUCCAAGUGACCGUAUGACAAUAAGAAAUGCUGUUAAGACACUACUUCUAAAAAUUGAAGGAAUAGUAUCUGUUAAAAGAAAGCAAAAGUCAAACAAGGAAUCAAAUAAGAAAGUUAAAACACAAUAA